AACGCUUUAAUUAAGGACGCUAUUUCAGUGAGAUGCAAGAAAGAACGUGAGAGCUUCAAGGCUUGAAGCUAUGGCGUCCGGUAGAACUGAGAUAGGUCUCCCAGUGCUGCAGAAGGAUGGAGGAGAUCAUGGGAGAAAAGGAUCCGCCAUGACUAAACGAGGAGCUUAUGCAGCCAUUUCUUACAUGGCUUCCGCUGUUCUGUUGCUAAUGUUCAACAAAGCAGCUCUUUCUUCUUACAACUUUCCAUGUGCCAAUGUCAUCACUCUUUUCCAGAUUAUGUGUUCGUGCACGCUUCUUUACAUAUUGCAUCGCCGGAGGAUUAUCUCUUUUACAGUGGGUGAAUCUCAAAUCAUCGGUGCUGGAAAGUCGAUCCUUGUACCUUAUAAGACUUUGGUUCAAACACUUCCCCUCUCCAUAUCAUAUUUGCUUUACAUGCUUGUGACUAUGGAAUCUGUUCGUGGGAUCAACGUUCCCAUGUAUACAACAUUGAGGAGGACUACCGUCGCAUUUACGAUGGUUGCCGAGUACUUGUUGACCGGGCAGCGUCAUUCGCUUUUUGUUGUUGGCAGUGUGGGGAUGAUUAUACUUGGUGCAGUAGUGGCUGGAGCCAGGGAUUUGUCAUUUGACGCCUACUCCUAUGCUGUGGUCUGCAUUGCAAAUAUAUGUACCGCUAUAUAUCUCGCUUCUAUUGCUCGUAUCGGGAAAUCCAGUGGUCUAAAUACCUUUGGCCUUAUGUGGUGUAAUGGAGUAGUAUGUGGACCUCUUUUGCUAUUCUGGAUAUCAAUCAGGGGAGACAUCGAAACGGCGUUAAAUUUUCGGUACCUGUCGUCCUUUGGCUUCCAGACUGUGAUGCUUCUCUCUUGUAUAAUGGCUUUCUUGAUCAACUACUUUGUAUUUCUGAACACCACUCUCAAUUCAGCAUUGACACAAACAGUCUGCGGUAAUUUGAAGGACGUUUUCAGCAUCGGGCUCGGCUGGUUUCUGUUCGGUGGCCUUCCCUUCGAUUUCUUUAAUGUUCUUGGGCAGUCGCUUGGCUUUCUGGGAUCUUGCAUAUAUGCCUAUUGCAAGCUUCAUGGGAAAUAGGAUCAAGAUGGGGCUGCCUCCUAGGCCUUGAGUCAUAGUAAGUUAAUAUUGUGCUGACAUACUGCUUAACUUGUCAGCUGCCAAAUUUUGAUGAAAUCUCUUCAUGUUCUUAUGAAAAGAGAGAACAAAAGGGGAAAAAAAUGCUGUUGAAUCACAUUUUUGUGCAUGAAAACAUCAUAUUCUUAUCUAUCUAAGUUUCGAGUGAGUCUUUCUCUCUCCCUCGCGCUUUCACGAGCACACACUAAGGACCUGUUUGGAAUAACUUUAGUGCAAAAUGUUUCUUGGAACACUUUGAAAAUCAUUCCAAAUAAUUAUUCGAG